GAAAGAGCCGGUUAUUCACUACUGAACCGGAGCUUCAGCGCGCGCGAAGGAGGAGGAGGAGAAGGAGGAGGAGAGCCACGGCUGUGAAUUUAACCGGAAUAUUUCUGUCCUUCGAUAUUGUAGAUAUCUUUGGAAAUAUCUGCAGUGUGUCAUAUUCUAAAACAUUUGAGGAACUGGUAAACGCCUAGGACCAAUUUCCAGAAGGGCCAUGUGGGCGCAGGCGUGACCAUCGUGUCCCGGAGUGACGUGUAAGGAGGGGGAUGCAGGAGGAGGAGGACAUGGAGGCAACAGGAGAAGUGAACCUGAAGGCUGAGGUGGAACGGCUCUCCGCCGAGCUUCAGGAGGCCAAUGAGGAGAAGCUGCAGGCGGCACGCUACGGCCUGGCCGUGUUGGAGGAGAGCGCCAUUAUCAAGACCAAACACAGCCAGCUGGAAGAGGAGCACGAGGCCCUCAAGCUGGAGGUGCAGCAGCUCCGUGAGGCACUGGCCGAUUCAGUAAGCAGCCAUAAACGUGCAACAGCAGAUGGGCAGUGUCGAGAAGAGAAUCUGCUACAGGAGACGGCCAGUAAGGAGGCUGCCAUGGCAACACGUAUGGAGGAGCUGCAGGCGGAGCUAAAGCAGUCCAGAAUGGCGCUGGCCAACAGCAUGGCGGAAAACGAGAGGUUGGCCGGACUUUCCUCUCAGCUGAAGAAGGAGUGUGAAGGUUUGGAGGCUGAGAAGGCUCGAAUCAGAGAGGAGUUGAAGGAAUUUAAAGUUCGUGAACUGCAGCAGCUUCAGGACAGCACAGAAUUGGAGGAAGAGAACAUCUCCCUUCAGAAACAAGUUUCUGUGCUCAAAGAGAACCAGGUUGAGUUUGAGGCUCUGAAAGUGGAACUCUCGCAGAAGGAUGAGGAACAGGAUCUCCUGCGAGCACAGAUGGACGAGGCUGGCCGGCUGCGAGAGAUUGCAGAGCGGCAGCUGGACGAGGCCCUUGAGGCCCUAAAGGAUGAACGCGAGCAGAAGAACAGUUUAAAACGUGAGCUAGCUGCUCACACGCUCAACCCGUUUGACUCGGUGGUGCACCUAGACCUGCAGUUGGACGACAGCCUGGACGGAGAUAGGGCUGCAGAGGAGAAGGAGCGGGGAGAUAAAGACGAAGAGCAGGACAGUGGCUACAACCACUCGAAAGGAAGCGAUAAGCAGCACUGCUCUACCCCCAGGAGCAGUGACGUGUUCCUACGGCCUCAGGCUCCUGGGCUGGUGGCUGACCUGCUGAGUGAACUCCAUCUGUCCGACACUCAGAAGCUUAAACAGCAGCUGUUGCAGGUGGAGAGGGAGAAAGCAGCUUUGGCCAGUUCGGUCCAGGACCUCCAAGAGUCACUGGCCCAGUCUAAAGUAGCUCUGGAUGAGCACAAAGUGAAAGUGGAGCAGCUCUCGCAGCGUCUGGAGGUCCUGCAGGGUUGCUCCACUUCUUCCAUCCCCCAGUCUGGGACAAAAACCCAGGAGCAGAAUGGAAGUAGUGAGCUGGACAAUGAUGAUGAUCUGGAGCUGGAUGCUAAGAGUGCAGAGGUGCUUGAAAAGCGAAUGCGUGCAGCAAAUGCUGAGCUAAUGCAGCUACGUGACGAGCUGAAGGAGGCAGGUGAGCGCUGCAGGUCCCUGGAAGAGCGGCACCUGCAGGAGAAGGAGCGCUGGAGAGCUGAGGCACAGGAGCUUGCUGAUAAGAUCCGCCAGUGCAUUGCUGCCAGCCGCCAUGACCAGGAGCGCAUCGGGCAGCUGGAGAUUGAGAUCGGAGCCACACGCCGUGUUGCCAACGACUCCGAAUGCCACCUGAGCGCCACACAAGAGGAGCUGCUGGCCUUCUCUGAAGAGCUGGCAAACCUAUACCACCAUGUUUGUAUGUGCAACAACCUCACACCACGUCGUGUCACACUGGACUACUACCGUGAUGGAGGACGAGGCGGGAGAAGGCACCACCAUGGAUCCUUCCGGAAGCAGAGAAAGUCAGGAGAGGCGUUGGGGAAGGGAGCACAUAGCGUAGAGUUGGACAUCACAACAGCGAAUGGAGAUGCCUCUACAAACUGUGGAAGUGGCCCGAGCUCUCCAACACUGGACUUCAGGGAUCCCACCAACGUGCGCAACCUGGUGGCUGUUAUUCGCUGCCAGAUUAAACACCUUCAGGUGGCUGUUGACCUGUGCAGGCAGCGUGGUGCCUUACCCUCCUCUGCUUUAGGAGGCAAUAAUGAAUCCGACCGUGAAGCUCUGCUCGAGGAGGUGCUGAAGCUCAAGUCUCUUCUAAGCACCAAAAGGGAGCAGAUCGCCACACUCAGGACUGUCCUAAAGGCAAACAAACAGACUGCUGAGUUGGCUCUGAGCAACCUGAAGACCAAGUACGAGACAGAGAAAACCGUAGUGUCUGAGACCAUGCUAAAACUGAGAAAUGAGCUCAAGGCUCUAAAGGAGGACGCUGCUACUUUCUCCUCACUCCGGGUCAUGUUUGCAAGCAGAUGUGACCAGUAUGUUACUCAAUUAGAUGAGAUGCAGAGACAGCUUGCUGCUGCAGAGGAUGAAAAGAAGACACUCAAUUCACUCCUGCGCAUGGCCAUCCAACAGAAGUUAGCCCUGACUCAGCGACUGGAGGACCUGGAGGCUCCACUCCAUGCCCACAGUAAUGGAAGCAGCCCACGUCGCUCCCGUGCCAAGCAGCUGGCCACCAAAUCAGGAAGAGCUCCACGGAGCCCCAUGAGAAGCAGUCCACGUGCCAGCCCUGUGUUGGUAUCGUCAUCAGGCUCUCAGAGCGCGAGCAGCCAUCUGAAGGUGCUCUCACGCAGCCUCCACGGCAGCCCUCGAUGAAUGCUCCAUUCCUCCUGUCCUGCUCCAGUGUGUGUGGACCGUGUUCAUGCCCAGCUCAGAACCACCCUUAACCCUCCAGACCCGACCCGACCCGACAUCCACUUCAUCCCACUCCAAAACACAUCGGGCUCCUCUUGUGCUUAUUCUCGUCUCAUCUAUCUUUUCCUUUUCCUGUCUUUUUGUCUGUUUUUCCAUGUCCUCUACCUCACUUUUUCUAUUUCUCCUCUUCACUGUCUCUGUCUAAUUGGCUCGCUCAAGUGUUCGAGGAACUGAAAGCUCACCGGAGCCUCAUCUCAUUUCACGAUGAGCUUUCUGAAGGAAGGCAAGUUAUGAAGCUUGCUUUCAGUCUCAUGGACAUUGUAACACACCAAACCCACUCCAAAAGACCAAUGUGUGUUUAAAAAAAAAAAAAAAAUUUCCUGUCUUGUGUUUAGCUGCUGUCUUCAGAGAGGGUCUUGUAUAUGAAGGACAUUAGAGCCUGCUUUAUUGUAAACUGUUCUAUCAUUUAGAAUGACUGACAGUCCGACAGUAUUAGUGCACACCUGAGGCAUGCUCAGAGUGAUGAUUGCUAGUUAAAUUUUCAAGCGUAUUCCAUUUCCUACUUCAUUAUAGACUAAAAUGCACUGCUGCCUAAGCUUUCCUGCAGACUUACACAGAAAGACCAUCUUUAUUUAAAAACCCAGAUAUUAGUGGGAAAAUCUACAUCUGCUGUACUGUAUAUUCAGUAGAGUUGUUACGGUUUCAUGGUAUAAAAUAACACUGUUACCAUCUCCCUUUUUUUUUUUUUUUUUUUUUUUUUUUUUAAUUUAUGAUUUUUUACGCAUGCACUUUAUUUUUUCACCUUAAAAACUUUCACACCCGUCUCCUUUGCGGAUUCAGACUGACGUCCGCCUCUGUUCAUGAGCACAGGAGACGUGGACUACACCGGAAACCCCUUUAUCUGUGUGUAAUCCACUACUGCUGUAACCAUGUUGCAUUGCUACCUCUGCUCAUACGUCUCAGUGUUCCUAACUUCAUCACACACCACGCACUUCACAUCAUGACAUAGCUGACCAACUAUUUUUGUCUAAGGUGUGCUACCUUUCCUCAUAGCCACACUGUUUUUCAGCUUAUAAAAACAGCAGGAUGAAUACAGAGAGCGUUUAUAGGAAAAUUGUUCUUACAAAUAUUUUUCUAUUAGGAUUUGAUCCUUUUUUUUUUUUCUUUCUUUUUUUUUGUUCGUCCUGGGUUUUUGUAUGCGGAGAGACUUUUGUAUAAAUUGUUUUCUGUUCAUUUUCACCGCAUAGCUCAUUUUAUAUGCUACAUCAAUACAGAGAAGGCGCGCUAUUUGUAAACUAGCUGAUCACAUACCAUGAACCGUAACACCCUUACUCGGCAUCCUAAUGAGUACAUGAAGUUCUGUGAGAGGUCUAGCGGUUUGCUGCUAAUGCUAUCUAGAGCAAAAGGAAAUAAAAAGGACGGUCAACAUUGUCCUAUCGGAACUACUGCCAGUUUGUGAGAUCUUUUACACAGGGUUAAAGUUUGAACACAAAGCACUGUUAAACUACUCUCUGCUACAAGUACAAGCAAAGCCAUGUCUAGUUCUUUAUUAUUUAUCGAAGCAAUAAGGCACUAGUGUUUACGCUAAAGGGAACACAUCAUGGGAGAGAAACAGGAUCUAAAACAGUGCCUUAAUUAUUUGCUGACUCGACCGGUUUUUAGGAAAUUUGUCUUCAGACUUUGUAGGUACUUGGACAUAAUUUAUUGUUUGUUGAAUAGUGUUUUUUGUUUUGUUUUUUUAAACACUGGUAACAAAACUGAAGUGUUUUGUUGUUUCGUUGCUUUACUGUGUAGCUACAGAUUGUGCUAUUGCCCUCGAUUUUGUCCAUAACUGGCAGGACUUGGUAGCAUAGACAAUAUCGCUGUUCUUAUCAGAGCAGUGAUUUUGCUUGUAUAUGUAUAUAAUAUGAUAUUUUGUAGUUGAUCAGCACAUGUUGGUUAGCUAUUUUCCAGUGCAUGUUCAUAAACCACGUUCCUAUACGCAGGGCGCUUACACGGGCAGUGGUGUGAAUUAAAAUAACAGAAUCAUAGAACAAAAAUCUUUUUGUAAUGAAUCUCCCGACUUAAACAAAGCUCCAACUUUGCUUCAGCCACAUCGACUGAGUCUCUUAUUUCUAAAAUAAUUACACAAGCAGACUCAUUUUAAAAACAGGCUAAAGCAAUUUAUCUAGUACAAACUGCCCAAAUAUUUCCCCCAUAAAAUAUUCCCAAACCAUAUUUAUUAAAAAAAUGUCCAGUGACACCAUGAUUCUGAUAUUUUUGCCCAUACCACUGAACUUGACCUGCAUUAUUACUGUGUAGAUAAAUAUUAUGGCUUAUAAAUGUUUGCUUUCUCACAAAUGGUAGUGAAACCUACAUAAAUCCUACAUUUUCUUGUUAAAAAAAAGUAAAUUUUUUUGCUACUUUUAAGUCUCAAGACCAUUGUCUGAAAAUUGUUUGGACGUCUAAAAUCCCCUCGAUCUCAGUUUUAACCCACUGCUUUUCCUGUUUUUAACUCUCACUGAGCAGCAUCCCAUUUUAACAAAAUGGUGUAAUUUUCAUCUGGCAGUAAAGUGAACGUUUUGUGAAAUGUGUAGUGUAAAAUAAAAGUAAAUUCAAUGUC